AACCUUCAAACUUGGAGAAUGAAAGUUAAAAAGAAAAGGCACGGAGAAGAAAGUUGGCAGUAGUACUAGCAGUAGCAGCAGUUGCGGGAGAAAGUUUUGUUUUUUGCAUUUUGCUAUUCGAAAACUCUGACGCAGUGAGUUGGUUUGAUUCUCUCUAUUGGUUGUUUGCUGUGGGUGUGAGGUUGUGAAUCAUGGGCGAGUCAAGUGACUCGGUUUCCGUUGACAUGGAUAUGGUAUCUUUUGGAGGGAAGGAAUGUGUGGUGAAGACAAGCAAAGGUUCAGUCUCUGUGUUUAUAUGCGGGGACCAAGAAAAGCCUGCUUUGAUAACAUACCCAGAUGUUGCUCUCAAUUACAUGUCUUGUUUCCAAGGCCUCUUCUUCUGUCCAGAUGCAACUUCUUUGCUGCUUCAUAACUUCUGCAUUUACCACAUUGAUGCCCCAGGCCAUGAGGUAGGAGCUGAUGUCAUUUCUUCAGAUGCUCCAUUGCCUAGCGUGGACGAUCUUGCAGACCAGGUAGCUGAAGUGCUCGAUUUCUUUGGGCUGAAAGAGGUUCUGUGCUUAGGUGUAACAGCUGGAGCUUAUAUCCUUACCCUCUUUGCAAUGAAAUAUACAGAGCGGGUGCUUGGGUUGAUUCUGGUGUCCCCUAUCUGUAAAGCACCAUCAUGGACUGAGUGGCUCUACAAUAAGGUUCUAAUCACCAGGACUCUGUCAAAUGUGCUUGUGAAUGUGAAAAACUAUUAUGUGGCAGCAGUCAUGGUAUUGUUGAAUUUGUUAUACUUCUAUGGCAUGUGUGGUGUACUGAAGGAAUGCCUCCUCCAGCGUUACUUUAGUAAGGAACUUAGGUGUGGCAUGCAUGGUGCAGAGUCGGACAUAAUACACACUUUCAGAAGGGUACUGGAUGAAAGGCAGAGUUUGAAUGUCAUGCGGUACCUUCAAGCAAUUAAUGCGAGGCAUGACCUUACAGAGGGCUUGAAGAAGUUGCAGUGCAAGACACUUAUUUUUGUAGGAGAAAGUAGUGAAUUCCACGCAGAAUCUGUGUAUAUGAGUGCCAAAAUGGGAAGAAAAAGCUGCGCUCUUGUUGAGGUUCAAGCUUGUGGCUCACUGGUGACGGAAGAGCAUCCAUAUGCUAUGCUAAUUCCUAUUGAAUUCUUCUUGAUGGGGUUCGGUUACUACAGACAACAACAUUUUGCCUCCUCAUCAAGUAAUGGCUCGAACCCAACUAGCCCUUCUUGCCAUUCAUGCAUAGCACCAGAGCUUUUCUCUCCAGAGAGUCUUGGGAUCAAACUUAAACCGAUCAAAACCCGAGUAGAUAUUGAAAUUUGAUGCAGAUGACUAUUUGAAGUAUGUAUUCAUUACUCACGUCUCCUGCGAAGCAAUGUAUAUGGGGGCCGUGCUGUCUCUAUCUUCACACAUAUACAGCCGUCAGAGAUUUGUAAUUUCUUCAGGGUAGCGUAUUCUUUGAUUCUGUUAGUUGGGUUAGGAAAUUGGUGAUCAUGACUAUGAGAAUUUUUCAAACUUGGUUGUAGAAAACUUAAGGGGAACUGAUCUAAGAUGGAAGAUGGAAUUAUUCUUUUGGGUUAGGAAAUUGGUGACCAUGACUUAAGUGUCUGUAAUAUACAUACUUUUGUUAUUCCACUGUAUCUAAUUCAUGGUCAUUAUUUUGACUGAACUGGAAGGGUACUAUUUAUAUAUGUGGCUCCUUAUUCAUGAAAUGGCUUUUCUGAGUAUUUGCUUGU